AUCCUUGGUGCCCUGCUUCUGCUUCCUGCCUGGUGCCUUGGUCCUCAGCGUUGGAGAUAGCGAAGCACUGGAGGCCCAGCAGCUGCCCAGUUGUGGAGGCCAGCAGCGGUCAUGCCCACCGUCGUCGUCCCGCGUGCCUCCCUCCUUCCGCUCGGUCACCCUGGCCCUCUCCGCCGCAAGCCAAGCUCCUCCCGCAGCGACUUCACCGGCUUCCGCGAGCGCCAGAUGAACACGUACGCUCGGAUGCGUGCCGCCGCCACUCUCGAGUUCGACCCGAGCAGCCACGCGCUCCUCCUCGAGCAGCUCUCGAGGUACGUGCCGUCCCGCUACUCCUUCGGGGCCGCCGGUAGCAGCUUGGGCGGCGGCGUGGGUCCCGGCAGCGGCGCCGGAGGAGAGGCCGCCAAGGCCUGGCGGUCGCCGCUGUGGACGCGGCUCGGCUUCCAAGGCGACGACCCGACCACCGACUUUCGUGGCGCCGGCGUGAUGGGCCUGUCGCACCUCGUCGCGCUCCUCUCGUCCGGCAAGUGGCCUCCCGUCACCGAGAGCGCCUGGGAGGAGGUGGCGCUCGCCGGCUUCCCUCUGGCGGUCGCCUCCAUCAACGUGACCGGCUUCCUGCAGUCGUACUUUGGCGUCAACCCGCGCGUCGCCUCGCCCGUGCACCAGCGCCACCGCUGCACCGAGCGCGCCCUCUUCGAGGUCCUCUCGCGAGGCGGCUUUGGCCCGCUCCAGUCGCUCCACGCCGACCUCGUCUGCCACGUGUACCGCUGCUGGGCUGAGGCGCCUCGCUCGCCGAUGGACUUUCCAAAGGUGCUCGCGGAGGCGUGCGCCGACUUCCACGCCACGGUCUCCGCCAUCUCCUCCUCCUCCGUCGGCGAGGCCGGCGCCGUCGGCUUGCACAACGUCGGCGACGCGCUCGCCGCCCGCCGGCCGCAGGGAAUGCUCGCCUCGCUGGCGUGGCUCGACUCUUCGGCACUCAGGUGGCUCGACUCCCUCGCCACCGAGUGCUCGAGGCCGGCGCUGGCGGUCUCGUCGCUCGUCGACACCCUCGUUGAGCUCGUCGCGCCAGAGUGUGACUUCUGCUGGCCGGCGGUGGAGACCAGAGGCCGAGCCGCUCCGGGUGCGAGAACCAGCCCUCGGCGAUGAGACAUUUAGAGUUUUGUGAUGAGUGAAAUCGUGUUUUGUGACGCGCGGCGCGCGGCACGCGCGUGUGAGCCUGCCCGUGCGUGUGCCUGUGGGUGUGGCGCCGCCGGGCGCCGCCGGCGGCGCGCACAACGUUGCACACCGCGCAUAGGACCGCUGUGUCUAUCCAGUUGAUACAUACUCAAGCAUCUGUUAUCGUC